AUGCUGUCCGACAUUGGUACGAGGCUCGCCACCAAGGUCACCACCAAGAUCGCCCUGAAGAAAGCUGGUCUCUCCUCAAACAGCCUCGACUUCCUCGAGAAGAACAACAACAAUAAGUCCAUCCUCAACUUCGAGACCAAGCGCUCCCGCCGGAAGCAGCUCGAGUUCUUCGACGAGAAGAAGCUAUACAAGAAGGACAGGUUCGACUUCUCCCAACAGAAGCUCAAACUCUUCAACAAACGCGAGACGAAUGAAGAUGAGUUCAACCGGAGGGAAAAGGCCGACGAGCGGUACCUGGUCCGAGACAAGGACGGCCGCCUGAGGCAAGACUUCUCGGAGAAGAGACGCCGGCAGCAGGAGAACCAAGCGCUGCGGGAACAGCAGAAGAAGCAGCAGGAGGAAGAGGAGGCCAAGGCCAAGCUGAAGAAGAAGCGAGGAAAGAAAACGCACCACUGGCUGGACGUGCCGCUGACCAUGCAGCCGUGGCUCACCGCACCAGCUUCCUACCAGAUUCGCCCGCUGCCGACCAUCGGGGAACCAGCACCAAAGGAUCCCAUGCGGAAAUUGAGACUCGGUGGCGGGAGGAAGACUCUCGUUGUGUUUCUGCGCUGUGUUGGCUGUGCCUUCGCGAGGAAAACUUUCCAAAACCUUCGAGAACUCGCAAAUAGAAGCGUCGGCACAAUCCGCUGCGUGGCCGUCUCUCAUUCCUCCAGAGAGGCAACUGAGAGGUGGAUAGACCUGAUGGGAGGCCGAUGGCUGGUCGACAUUGUCAUUGAUGAGGAUCGAGCUCUCUACUCCGCCUGGGGGCUCGGCCUCGGAGACUACAUGUACAUGUUCCACCCUGCCGCUCAGGUGCAGAGCUGGAAACACAAGGGCUGGCUGGGCAGCAAGGUUGCCUCUACCAUGUACAAGAGAGCCGCCGAUUCCCGCUACGACGACGAGAGCGACGAGGUCCUGGUCAUGGGAAGCAAGUGGCAGGAGGCGGGAGUCUUCGCCGUAGACGGCACGGGCAAGGUCAUCUGGGGUGUCAAAGCACAGCGGUCCGACGACACCAUGGAUUUGGAGAUGGGGGCGCGUCUGUUGUGCGCCUAG